GAAAAAUACUUGUACAGUGACUCAAGUUCACCUCUCUGACCUUCACCGGCUCCGCCGGUUCCCGGUCCCGGUCAUCGCCGAUGUUUUCUUCUACGCGCUUUUCAAAAAAUCGCCGACUCAGCCGAGGACUGUCCUCUGACAGUUAAACACCACUCUCUCUCUCUCCUCAUAUUCUUUGCAGAGAAGGGACAGAGAGACCCAAGAAGAGGGGAAGAGAGACCGCGUAGUAGUGAUUACGCGCUGAACUGUCAGUUGACCAUGGAGUACCAGGCCUCCUCUGUGACUCUCUCCAAGAAGCUCUCCAACGGCCACAGCUUCGCCGGAGGUUCCGUGUACGACGGCGUUUUCGCUGCUCCGUCGAAGUUCGGUGUUCCGAACUUCUCGUCCCGCGUCGAGGACUACCGCGAGAUUUUUGGUGGCUCCGAACCUUCUAGAGGCUCGUCGAUUCCUUUCCUCGACGUGCCGGAGCUCACCAAGGGGAAGAUUUCGGUCGACGUGAGGAGCUCACAGCUUGACUACUCGAAGAUUUUCGGUGGCUUCGGAGAUUCAACUUUCGCGGUGCAUUACGAGGAACUUUCUGGAGAGCCAAACAAGAGGAAGAAAUCUGAGGAAGCACGGACAAAUGCUGAAAGGUCAUCACCUUCAGAAGCUUCAGAAAGUUCUAAUUGGGCACCGGGGAACCCUGUAUUAUCACGGGAAGCAUCUCACCAAGAUCUUAAUGGAGUCAAGAAGUUCAAUAUGUCAUACAAUAAAGUUAACAGCGGGAAUGCAAAUGGGACAAGCAGCACAAAUGGAAUGACUCAUAUAGCUCAGCUCAAUGCUGUUCAAGGUUACGCACGCCUAAUUGACGAAGUCACUCCCUUGCGCAGAGCUGAAGGUGAUAAGCGUGUAUUCUCAAUGGUAAAGGAUGCUUGCCCAGAAAAUAAUAUUGGUGAAGGGAUGAUGGAAGGGAAUCAUUUCAUAAGAACCACUGCGGAUGUCCGAGCUGGUGAGAUUGGCAAACAGACUUCCGGAGGUGAUGUUGUAUUUCAAAAUAACUCCAAUUGGUUUAAGUCCAAUUCCAUGAGUACUUCAUUUGACAGAUAUGAAGUUGGUCAUGGAACCCGUCCUUCAAAGUUACCGCCAUCUUCAAGCCUACCAAGUAACUUUAACUUAGGUAAUACUUGUACUAAUGAAGAUUCUACCAAUGCUGAUUCACCUCCAUACUUUGAUGAGGAAGUAGACACCAAUUCAGUUGCUGCCACCUCUGCGGCUGCAUUGAGAAAGGCAAUAGAGGAGGCUCAAGCAAGGAUAAAAAUGGCAAAGGAGCUAAUGGAAAGAAAGAAGGCGAGUCUUAAAAAUGGAGGUAAACAAAGCCUCAGUGAUGGAGUUAAAUUUGACGAGCGAAAGGAAUGUAAAAUUGCAUAUACGGUAAACAGAUCCAAAAAGAAGACUCCAGAACUAUGUAAAAUAGAUGAUCCAUUGCAAGUGUUUUCUGAUACAAGACAGCAAAAUACUGCUGGACCAUGCCAAGGGGCUACAAAUUUUGAAAUUCGGGAAAAAGUUCCAAGUUCCAAAGAAUUUGAUGGUAAGACACCUUGGAAGAAGAUAUCAAGUCAAGUUGAUCAUGGGUGGGAGGAAGCUGAAGUAUCCGAGGUAGAACAGUUUUUUGAAGUUGAGAACACAGAUGAAAUCUGGCCUCCAGCAACAGAAGUGGAUAUUCCAUUGCAUGUUUCCGAUGUAACAAGAAAGCAAAAUGUGAUGGGUACAGGCCAUGUAACUGAAGACUGUGAAGUUCAGGAGUUUGUUGCAGGCACCAAAAGAGCUGACAGGGAAACACCUUGGAAGGAGCUUAGAUCAGAUCAACUAGAUCAUGGGGAGGAAAAGGCUGAUUUAAUGGAAGCAGGAGAACAAUUUUUCGAAGUUGAUAACACAGAUAGGAACUGGGAAACAAUACUGGAGUUCGAAGAGGUCAAAGUAAUGCCAUCUGCCUAUGAGAAUGAAUGGAAGGAGAAAAAAAUAGGCGAUGAAGUGCUUGAGAAAGCACAAAGUUGUGGUAUUUCACCCAAACCAGCUGAAGAGGAGGAUAACUUGGGGCAAAUAGAAAAUGGAGUUGAUAUACCAAAUGGAAUUAGGGGAGAAUCCGACCGUGGAAAUGACGGUGUUAAAUCAAUGGUAAAUGAAGAGGUUCCUGAACAUGAGAAGAAUGCGAGGAAGCAUCAAGUUGCUGUAAAUGAGGAAGAAAGUGAAGAAAUAGGUCAAGCAUCCUACGAUAAUGAUAAAUAUGAGGAGAAUUUAACAGAGUUUCAGGAAGAUGUAAAAGAUGAUAAAAUACUAGAAACUAAGGGGCUGGAGGACAUCAAGCAUGAAGAGGGACAAUCAAGAACUUGCGCAUGUGUUGAAAUUAAGAAAAGAGGAGAGGAGGUCUGCAAGGAGGAAAAACAUGAGGAAGGACAAAGUGAUGCCCCCGAGGUGGAGGACAAUGAGAACAGGUUUGUCAUUAACAGAUCUAGUGAGGAAAUGAUCAAGGAGACGCUUAAUGAACUUCAUCUUGGGAAAAAAAUUGCCAAGAUACUUUUGCGUGAUGGUGAAUUGGAAGCAAAUGGGAAGUUUGUAGAGGUAGGCGGAAAUCAGAAGAUGCUUAUUGGGGAUGCUUCUCAGGAGGAAGAAAGUGAGAACAGACAAGAAGAGACUUGUCAAGGGGUAGAGACUGGAACGACAGGGACACAAAUUGAUCUCAGUGCAGGAGAUGAGGAGAAGAUGAAAGGAGCUCUAGGGGAACCUGGGAACAAGGGUAACAAUCUUGGGGCAGCUGACAACAUAUGCAAGCAGGAUGAAAGUGAGAACCUGAGUAGACAUCAGAAACCCAUUCUACAUGCAGAAAAUGAUGAGAGUAUGGAAGUGUCUGAACAGUUACCAGCAUGUAAGGAGGAUGAGAGCAUAAGUGAAGCUCACUUGGAAACCAAUGAAAGUAGGAAUGGGCUAGAAUCAGUGAAAGAAACGUAUGAUAUGGAGGAGAGAGAUGUACUGGAAACAGAUGGCUUCCCUCAAGGUCUUGAGCUCACCAAGAUAUUGAGGCCAGUGGAGGAUACAACAGAGGACUUUUUGGACAAACUUGAUGCAAACAAUAUAGGCAGAAUUUACAUGAAUUUUUUCCAAAAUCCAAAUGAUCCGAGACAGUUGGAAAUAGUUCAUGAUUCAAGAGAGCGUAUUGAAGAAUUGGCAUGUGAAAUGGAAAAAUUCAAGGAUAAUAUUAACGAAUCUGAAGUUUCUCUUAAUCAGGAAGGUGAUAAGAAUAACACUAAGUGCUUUGACGAACAAGGAUGGGUUGAAGAUGGUAUUAAUACGAAAGGAGCUCAGUCAUCGGAUAGUUGUGAGGGGAGAGAGGAAAAUGUGGAACUGGAUCAGGAGACGAAGAUCAACCCCUGUACAGAAAAAGAUCAUGAACAUCAUGAAGAAACUCCAGUAAGCGAAAGUGCAGAGGAGAACGAGGAGAAUUGUCAAGGAAGCCUGCCAAGGCAAAAUGCAGAGACAGAGGGGAAUGAUCAAGCAACUGUGAAUGUGGAAGAGAGUCCUACUAGUAGUAGCUUGCAAAAGGAAGUGGAGCUGGAGAAAGAGGGCCUGAGAAAAAUAGAUGAAGCAAAAGAAAGGGAAAGGGAAAGGGAAAGAGAGGAGAGAAUAGCUGUUGAAAGAGCAAUCCGUGAAGCUCGUGAAAGAGCAUUUGCAGAGGCCUGUGAAAGGGCUGCUGCAGGGAGAGCAGCUGCUGGAGCUCGUCAAAGGGUAACGGCUGAGGCCCGGGAACGGGUUGGAAAGAAUGCUGCGGAGCAUAAUGAGAAGUCUGUAGCUGAGAAGGCUUCUAUGGAAGCCAAACUUAAAGCAGAACGUGCUGCUGUGGAGAGAGCGACAGCUGAGGCUCGUGGGCGUGCCCUUGAGAAAGCUAUGUCUGGAAAGGCUGCCUCUGAGGCAAGAAAGCAGAAUUCCCAAUUCAAAGGUCCAUGUUCGUCAAGCAGUUCAAGAUACCCAAAUUCUUCAAAUCAUGCUGUUUCUAGCUCGACCGAGAGAUCUGAUGGAGCUCAUGGGGAAUCAGCUCAGAGGUGUAAAGCAAGGUCAGAGAGACAUCAGAGGAUAACAGAACGGGCGGAAAAAGCUCUUGCAGAAAAGAAUAGGCGUGAUCUACUUGCACAGAAAGAGCAAGCAGAGAGAAAUAGAUUAGCAGAAACUCUUGAUAUCGAGGUCAAAAGGUGGUCAGGUGGCAAGGAGGGAAAUUUACGUGCAUUGCUUUCAACACUACAAUAUAUCCUUGGACCUGAGAGUGGUUGGCAGCCAAUCCCUUUGACGGACAUCAUUACAACUGCUGCUGUGAAGAAAGCUUAUCGUAAAGCUACACUUUUCGUUCAUCCUGACAAGCUGCAGCAACGGGGUGCAAACAUUCAGCAGAAGUACACUUGUGAAAAGGUUUUUGAUCUUCUAAAGGAGGCUUGGAACAAAUUCAACAUAGAAGAGCGGUAGAGAAUUGGUAGUUUCUACAGCUAUUGGGCAGAACUGUACCAGACUUGGUUUCUAAAAGAAUUUGUUUCAGCACAAAUUAACAAACUUAUUGGCAUUCUUUCACCCAUUAGAGCAACUUUCAGAAUCCCAGUUGUAAUUCUCAGGAACACUGGCAUCAACAGAAGCUCAUUUUUAAGCCCCUCAGAAAAGGGCCUUAUUUAAUUGUCAUUGUUCGGGUAUUUGACCGUGUGAAAUCAAAGAAACAAGUUGUUUGGGUGUACAUACGAACUAAAUUUCUUCCCCAUUCCUCUGCGGUUAUUUAUUUAAUUAUUUUCCCCUCUUCUCAAGUCCCUGGAAAUCUAAA